AUGAUGAACUCUACACAGGUUUCUUAUUUCACCCUUGCUGCCUACUUUGACACUGGGGUUUUGAAAUACUUGUUUUUCAUUAUCAUCAUGUCUUUAUAUAUUUUAAUUCUUUGUGCCAAUGUGUUGCUGAUAGUGAUUAUUUGUAUGAACAGAAGUUUACAUGAACCUAUGUACCUGUUUCUGUGCAGCCUGUUUGUAAAUGAACUGUAUGGUAGUACAGGGUUGUUUCCAUUCCUUCUGCUUCAGAUCCUCUCUGACAUUCACACUGUUCCUGCUUCUUUUUGUUUCCUGCAGAUUUACUGUGUUCAUUCAUAUGGAGCUGUAGAAUAUUUAAACUUAGCCAUCAUGUCUUAUGACAGAUACCUCGCUAUCUGUUAUCCUCUACAAUAUAACACACGAAUGACAUCUAACAAGAUUGCCGUACUUAUAGCUGUGACAUGGUUAUACCCCUGUUUUGCAAUGGUUGUUUUGUUAUCUUUGACUUCUCCUUUGCAACUGUGUGGGAACAUCAUUUACAAAGUUUACUGUGAUACUCACUCUGUUGUCAAACUGGGAUGCUCUGACACCACUGUCAUUAACAUAUAUGGACUCAUUGCUACUUUUAGCACAGUCUUUGGUGCUUUACUUUUAAUUCUUUACACUUACAUGAAGAUUUUUUUAGUUUGUUUUUCUGGUUCUAAACAGACCAGACAAAAAGCUGUCAGUACCUGCACACCUCACCUUGCUUCACUGAUCAACUUUUCUUUUGGGGCUAGCUUUGAAAUAUUACAGAGCAGAUUUAAUAUGAGCAGUGUUCCUAAUAUGUUGAGAAUAUUUUUAUCAUUAUAUUUUCUCACAUGCCCUCCUCUCUUCAACCCUUUAUUGUAUGGCCUGAAGAUGUCCAAAAUCUGUGUUAUAUGUAAAAGUCUAAUAUCAAAUGCAGGCCAUUAG